CGGUCGCUGUGUGUGUAGUGGUUACUGCUCUCCGAGUGGGAGACAAGAAUUGUGUUUUUUCCCCUCUCCGCUGAUAUUGAGAUAGAAGAGUUGUAAACUGCAGCGAAGAGAGUGACAAUUAAACGGCAUUUCCUUGUCAUUCUCCUCCUCAACCAGCAGCACGUUUGAGCCGCCCACAAGAGAAAUUGAAAAAACAGCAACCAGCGGGUUUUUUUGUUGUAUCACCAAGAAGAAAAACAGCAGCCAGAACUUCAAAUUUACGUCUAGUCCGACAUUUUUAAUUUAAGACUUAUUUAGAACAUAUUUGGACCCCUCACCCAUCCUACUCCUUCAGUUAUUUCCCCCUUUUUUUUUGUUUUUGAAAAGCUACCGGUUGAAUUCCUGCCAUCAUUGAGGGACAGGAAUCCGAAGCGAGGCGGCCCACAGUCAGUAGCGCUGUGCCUGUGUGCAGUGGACAGCUUACUUGGUGACCAACAGACUUCCUCCUGAGGAGCCAGAAAGUAGACGGCUCAUGACUUCUGACCAGGAUACAAAAGUUGUAGCUGAACCGCAGGUGCAGCAAGUACAAGAAGCAAAAGACAGUUCUCAUCUGGAAUCUGCCAAGGUUUCUGACCUUAACCCAAAUGCAAAAGUAUGGGCAAAUCCCAUGCUAAACUUGGAAUCCACUGGGGCCACCGAUAGCAGAGUUCACAAAACCUGGAAACAGACUUCAGAUAAAUCAGCUGAAACUUGUACAGAAGGUUAUGAUGCCCACAGUGAUAAAGAUGAGCUGUGUCGGGAGGCUUUGUUGUCUGAACCCCAGGAGCCUCCAACAGCAUUAACAGAGCAAGCAGACAUGAACGCUGCUGUCACUCUGGAGUGCCCAGACUCUGUUUACACUGAGUUUGAUUCUGUUCAGGAAUCCAGUCAAACAGGAGGAAAUGAUCCACCUCGGUCUCCGAGUCAGGAGGACCUUCGGGAACAUCUCAAAAAGACUCUUGAGUUCUGCUUAUCUCGUGAAAACCUUGCCAGCGACAUGUACCUAAUAUCUCAGAUGGACAGUGACCAAUAUGUGCCAAUAAUGACAGUAGCGAACCUCGAUCAUAUAAAGAAACUGAGCACUGAUAUGGAUUUGAUUGUCGACAUCUUAAGGACUUUGCCUUUAGUUCAAGUGGAUGAAAAGGGGGAGAAAGUCAGACCAAACCAGAAUCGCUGCAUUGUCAUUUUGCGAGAAGUUCCAGAGUCAACCCCAAUUGAAGAGGUGGAAGCUCUAUUUAAAGGAGAAAACCUACCCAAAUUCAUCAAUUGCGAGUUUGCUUACAAUGAUAACUGGUUUAUCACCUUUGAAUCUGAAGCUGAUGCACAACAGGCCUAUAGGUACCUUCGAGAAGAGGUGAAAACUUUUCAAGGAAAACCCAUCAAGGCAAGAAUUAAAGCAAAGGCAAUAGCCAUCAACACGUUUUUGCCAAAGAAUGGCUACAGACCAGUGGAUGUGAACCUCUAUGCUCAACAGCGCUACACAACAUCAUUUUACAUACCUCCAGUGUACAGCCCACAGCAACAAUUUCCACUAUAUAGCUUAAUUACUCCACAGACCUGGUCAACGUCACACAGUUUCCUUGAUCCAGCAUUGGUAUCGCCGUUUUCCAAUACUGGAUUUAUAAAUGGGUUUACUACAUCUCCCGGCUUUAAACCUGCUUCAUCUCCACUAACAGUCAGACCGUACUCCCCCAGAAAUAGGAAUCACAGUAAACCUCACUUGCGACCUACAUUACCUAAUGUAGACCAUGGACCAGGACUUCUUGACAGCCCGACUAUAUUUCACUUUCCCACUGAUCGGCUGCUGAAUGGUGUUCGCAGCCCUCCGAUGCGGCCAGUUGGACAAAGCAGAUCACGGUUACAGAGCAGCAUGGGCUACAAGAGAGACAUAGGGACUGGGAGAGUGGAGCCAAGCAGUGCAGACUGUUCAUCUAGUAUGGGAAGGGGAAGGAAAAAUGUAUAUGGAUAUAGGAAGAAAAGGGAAGACAAGUUUACGAGGGCACCAACACAGUCGCCUCCACCUCCAAAACCCCCUUCCCCUAGCUUCGAGCUGGGGCUGUCCAGUUUCCCUCCUUUGCCUGGAGCUGCAGGUCAUCUGAAGACUGAGGAGGUGUUUGAGAGCAGACUGUCCAGUAUUGUAAUAGGAUCUUCUAAAGACAAGAAUGUAAAUGCAGAUGCCAGUCCCAACACUAUCCCUUCAGGAAUCCCUCAAGAUCUGCCACGGCCUAUUAUUUCUGCACUGCCAGUGAGCUUUGCAGGCCCUCCUUCACCACCCCAAGCUCCAGACGAGGUGAAGGUCCAAGAUGCAAACCCGAGAGAGACACACACUCCCCUUGAACGGCUAACUGCAGCUCUUAGCACUGCAAGUAAAUCGGUUCAGGUGAAUGGUGCUGCUACAGAGCUUCGAAAGCCUAGUUAUGCAGAAAUUUGCCAGAGGACAGCGAAAGACACUCCAACACUACAGCCUCCUAAAGAAGUGAAGCCAAACAAUUCCAUUAUUGCCAAUGAAGACAAAAAAGCACCCGAAACCACAGGAGAGAAAAUGGAGUCUAAACUCAGAGACACUCUCCCAGCUAAGGCAGUCCCCGGUCGACCAAGAGAGGCAAGGAAACAGUCGGGGUGUCGGCCAUCGCCACCACCACCACUGAUCCAGGGGGCUGGAAAACACCCCAACAAAGAUCUCAGCACGCCCCCCAAAUCCCCCCAGUAAACACUGAGGUUUAUGAGGCUUAAAUUAGUCUGGGCUUUUCAGAUGUUUAUCCCAGAGUCACCAGUCACAGCGUAGAGGAUGAUUUGCUGGUACAGGGCUUGCAGACAAAAGCAGUUUUUGAAUGUGGAGCACUUUUUUUAAUUUUUUCCUGUUUUCUUUUGUGUCAACCAGAUCUAGCUUGUUUUGUAGAUGGCAUUGGAAAUGACUAAUCCGUCAAAGAAGCACUUGAAUGCUGGCAAAAGGACAGUUUUUAGCCGGAGGAAUAAUGACUUUUAGAAACAGUUUAAUAAUUUUAUUAUAUCCGGAUGUCGUCAUAUGAAAGUGAACUAAAAAUAGAUUGGAUCCAAUGUUGGUUGAUGCGUGCUCGACUUGCGUGAUUUUUGUUUUCUUUGUAUUGCUAUAUUUAGUCUUCUAAUGUAAUUUGUGUAAGCAACUAGGGGGUAAAGAAUUGUCAUACUGGUCAGGUUAUCUGUUUUUAAAUGGCUAAUUUGCAAGGUGGAAUGUUAGAGCCAUUUUGGCUAAUGAGAUUGAAGUAUUGAGUAACCUGAAAGAUUGAGUUUUUCACCAAGUGAUUUUAGAGAUUGUUGAGCAGCACAAGUAAAGUUGCAAAUAAGUUUUUCUGUUUUAACACCAGCUUUAUAUAUAUAUAUAUAUAUAUAAUAAAUUACAAGCAUUGUGGUGUUAUAGCUGGAAUAAACGCUGUCCCUUUGGUUCUUUUUGCCUCUGUGCAUGGUUGUUGAGCACUUUACUUGGUAGAUUCCUUUUUGGUUUAGUUUGUGCUGAAGAAUGCAAGCAAAUACCUGUCUGUGUAGUGCCAAGGUAACUAGUUAUAACUAAUACAAAGCACACAAUGGCAGUACUGCCACACGGAAAGGUUAUAACUUGGCAGUAGAAAUCCACAGACGGCACACAGAGAAGACGUAUCAAAUAGAUUCAGAUGUGCCUGUGGAUUUAUAAUAAAAAUAAUGUGACUUUUUUUAUUUGCCUGCUGUGCCUGUAUACAUCGCUUGCUGGUUGUAAUAGUCUUAACACAUUGGCAUCUUUGGCAGGCAUAGAUUCUGUAGGCAGCAAUACGUACUGUAUGAAGUUAGCAUGUACUGUUCUGUCCUGUGUCCUAUAAAACAGUAAAGAGGGAUUUUUUUUUUUCUUUAAGCCAAGUUGAAUUCUGUUAUCUGGUUCAGAGCCUAACGCUUUAUUGCAAGCAUUGUUUUUUUAAAUAUUAGUUUUACCCUGCAACGUGUAGAAAUAUAUAUUUGGGUAUAUUACCUAUAUGUUUGCUUUGAAAACAGGAUUUUCUUUUCUCUUAACCAGGUAACAGUAUUUUAAUAACUUGGAUCCCCCCCCCCCCCCCCCCCCCCCCCCCCCCCCGUAGAUUUCUACUGACUCGUCAUAACAGUGUAACCAGUUACCCUCUGUGCUCUAAAUUGUGUGACUAAAACAAAACCUUGCUCUCUGGACCUUGUGCCAAGUGCUCUUUUCUACAGAGCUCUGCUCCUCUUGGUUCAACUUGUUAUUGUUGUUGAUGUCUUCCUUCCUGCAACAAGGAGCAUCUUGGAGUACUUGUGUGUGUGAACGAGGAUUACUUUUAAAACCCUGCAAAACAGGACCCAGUUUAGUGAGCUGUGACGGCACUAGGGCUCUGUUUUACUUGUGGGUUUUUUUGUUUUUAUUUUGUUUUUUUACACUUUUGAUGAGAUUUCCUUUGUUUAAAAUAUUAGUAUAAUUAAAGUAAUUUAGAAUUCUGAAAGACUGGAAUGCACUGUUUGCCAGUGUGUGAUUUAAAUCCAGAUUUUAAUUUUAUUUAACGCUUAAAACAAUGUUGUUGUUUUUUUUUUUUCCAUUUGGUUAGUCGGUGUAAACAAGUACAUGUAUGCUUAUUUACACACCACUGCAGUUUAUUCCAUACAAAGGUAUUUAAACAACUGAGCAUUUUCUUUCUUUAAAUUCCAUCCAGUGUUUGAAAACUUGAAUAUUAUUUAAACUUGAAAAUGACUUUGCCUUAACUUUUAUAUAAGACAGCUUAGAGUUUAUUGCUUUUCAACCCCCAAAGGGUUACCAAGAGUGGCACGACAUUACCAAGUAAUAUCUACUGUCACUGAUCUUACUUGGUAAAACAAACACAAAAUCACAAACUAGCAUCCGAUCACAUUUUGUAAUAUAUUAUAUUAGAGAUCUUAUGAGUUUGAUCUUUUUUUCAGUUUGUUAAAAAAAAUCCUGUAAAUGCAAGUAGUCGAUACUGUAUUAAUUUUGUGCACUUGGAAGUAUGUGCUUUGAUUUGUACAGUUGUAAAUAAUCAGAACAUAUAAAGAGGUACCUUUAAAAAAAAAAAAAAAAAAAAAAAAAUACAAAAAAAAAAAUACAAAAAAAUAUUGAUCUCCUUGAAAUAUUAAUGUUACUGCUGAGCUGGAUGUAGAUGAAACUAAAUGUUGUGUUUUUUUUUGUUUUGUUUUUAUUUUGUUUUGUUUUUUUUCCCCCUGGUGUGCUGGAUUGAAUCUGUCUUCUUGGGGAGACAAAGAACGCUGAUUGUAAUACUUAAAUGCACAGUCUCAUUCCAUUUCCCUUGUGAGUAAGCAGUCUAGUUUAUGAUAAUGGUUGACUAAGUGUCAAAGUAGCAAGGUAAGCCCUUUACUGUGUAAAUUAUUUUGGAUAUUUAGGACUAUAUAUGUGCAGUGCUCAACUGACAUCAAAGUGGCAUGUGGUGCACAAUGCCUGAUAAAUCAGAAAAGCACAUAUACCAUCAAAUUUAAAAACUUAACAAAUUAUAACCAAAAUCAUUAUCAGUUUCAGUCUUAACACAGAAUUUACAGGGCAAAGACCUUUCAACUUAAAACAGUGAAUAUAAAGGCGUUUUUAUUUUGUGUCUAUUAACACACUGUCAAUUUACUUCCACUCAUAAAAGUGAAAUAUGCUUAACAGCAGUCCUUAGCAUUUACUGGUACUUAACAUGAAUUCAGAUGUAUGCUGUUUGUUUUAGUUUUUUGGAUACAUAUUUAGGAAAUGUACAUUUAUAAUUUUUUUGGGGGGAAAGGGCUCAUAUGCCACAAUAAAUCCAUACAUUGUCUAGUAUUGUUAGAUUUAUAAAUGCCUGGACUGCAGUCAGUGUGGCAAAAUAUCCCAGCUGUUUGUGCCAUCUCAUUUGACAGAUUUAAGCCAGCUGUGGUGAUUUUAGUUGUAUUUUGGCUGCUGGAAAGGUUAGCGAUCAACAGCUGCAACCAGAAAAAAAAAGAAAACGAAAAAGGUCUCCACACCAGCAACACGCAGUCCAUCAUUAUUAAAGCCAACUGGCACAUUUUAGUUUGUAUACCAUGGCCAACAUUUCUGUAUUGUUACACUAAGCUAUUGUAUGCCUGGGCCAGUUGAGUAAAAAGUAUAAGUUGUUUGUGCUGUUAUAGUCCAUUGAGUAUGCAGUUUGAAUCAAGCUUGGCUCCUGGUAUGUGUGUUACUAUUUGCUUUCUGUCUGCAAAGAAUACCAGAAUGAAAAUGGAUAUAUAUAUAUAUAUAUAUAUA